CCCCAAAAAAAGAAUGAUUACCUGCCCAUUAGGUCGAUACAUAUGCAAGGCCCUCAAAGUGCAAUCAAAAAGGCAAAGCAAACAAAUCCAAACAAAGCAGAUGAGCCAAAACAAAAAAAAAAAAAAAAAAAACGCAGACAAAAAACUUCUUACAGAAGACACAAGUUUCGAGGCAAAGGCCGUUACCCGCAAACAGGUCUAUGCAGCAAUGAGUGAAUGGUCGCGGGCAAUCCGGCCUGUCCUCGACCCGUCCCCGGGGACUUCCAGACUAAGCCUAAGCCAGCAAUAUCACCCCGACCACAAUGCUCCCGACCAGCGACAGCGCCGAGGCGACCAUCUUGGUGCUCCCGCUCGUGGUCAGACCAUUCGUUGCGCUAGGGGCGGCCGGCGCGGCACCACCGCCCUCACCGCCGCUGCCGCUGCCGCCGCCGCCGCCGCCACUACCGCUCCCGCCGUUCGAGCCGGAGCUCGUCGCCGAGUGGGUGGCCUUCGGGCUCGUGGUGUUGGUGAACCCGGCGCUGGGCGUCGUCACGGGGACGAUGGACGGGGUCACGAUCGCCGGCGGCGCCGUGGUCAAGGGGAUGACGGGCACGCUGGCCGGAACGCUGGCCGGAACGCUGGCCGGAACGCUGGCCGGCACGCUGGCGUUGGCGGGGAUGGGGAACGGGGGCACCACGACGACCGCGGGGACGGUCGAUGCGGUAACGGCGGCGGGUUCCUCCGUCGCGGCGGGGGUCUCGGCCGUGCUGAGGACGACGGCGGGCGCUUGCGUGGUGGGCUGUUGCUCGGUCUGCACGGGCACCGGGAUGGGCUCGGUGGCGCCGCUGGGCGUGAUGGGGAUGCUGAUCGGGAUGGUGGUGGUGGUGGUCUCGGGCUGCGUGGCGUUCUGGCGCGCGUGGAUGAUGCCGUGGCUGGCGUGGGCGGUGCCCGCCGCGAGGGCCAGGGCCGCUGCGAGAUGGUUGGAGAUGUGCAUUGUGGUGUGUUUUCUUUGCUUGGAGAGGGGAGGGAGGGCUAAAAACAGCAGUGGUUUGACUGGGACAGGGAUUGGGAUUGAUGCUGUUUUGCUUGAAGCAAAGAUGAGGAUGGACGAUGAACGAUGAACGAUGAGGGAGAUGUGAUGGGAGGGGU